UUUAUACCAAGGGACUGGCCUGCAGAGCCUAUCCUGCCCUCCCCACACCCCUCGCUCAUGCCAAUGGGUGCUGACCUUGAGACACAGCCACCAACCAGCCCCUGGUGCUCUCCCCAGCUGCUGUCCUCUUCUCCCUGCAGUGUCUCCCCCUGGCAGAGCCAGCCAUGCCGCUGCCCCUGGACUACGCGGGCACCGAAUCCCAGCUGAGCCGCACGCCCCUGCCCGUGCCCGUGCCGGCCUUCUUCCGGGAGGCCGAGCGCAGCUUUUCAGUGAAGAAGCCGGGUCGGCCACUCAGCUACACCCUCCCGCCCCGGCCACGCCACAAGGGCACUCUCACUGCCAGCCGCCAACCGCAGCCCUGGAGCCAACCUCGGCCGCGCAGCGUCUCCUUUCGCAGCUCCCAGGAUCGGGCGCUGGCCCCACAUAGCCGCCUUUACAACCCUGCCCGCAGAGAGCCCUUCUUCAGUCAGUGCUUCCAGCUGCUGGGCCGGCUGGGGCGCGGCUCCUUUGGGGAGGUGUAUAAGGUGCGCAGCAAGGAAGAUGGGCGACUGUACGCAGUGAAGCGCUCAGUGGAGCCAUUCCGGGGAGCCGGCGACCGACAGCGCAAGCUGGCCGAGGUGCGGAAGCAUGAACAAGUGGGGCGCCAUCCCAACUGCGUGAGCUUUGUGCGGGCCUGGGAGGAGCGGGGCCAACUGUACAUCCAGACGGAACUAUGCCCGGCCAGCCUGCUGCAGCAUUGUGAGGGACAUGGACCGCUGCCUGAGGGCCAGGUGCGGGCCUGCCUCUGGGACCUGCUGCAGGCGCUGCGCCAUCUGCAUGCCUGCAGGCUACUGCACAUGGACAUAAAGCCAGCCAAUGUCUUCCUCACCGAGCGCCACGUCUGCAAACUGGGCGACUUUGGCCUGGUGCUGGAGUUGGACCGUGGAGACCUGAGUGAUGCCCAGGAGGGUGACCCACGCUACAUGGCACCUGAGCUGCUGCGGGGGGAGUACAGUGAGGCAGCUGAUGUCUUCAGCCUUGGCAUGACCAUUCUGGAAAUCGCCUGCAAUAUGGAGCUGCCAAAUGGAGGGGAGGGCUGGCAGCAGCUCCGCCAGGGCUACUUGCCCCCUGAAUUCACUGCUGGUCUUUCCUCGGAACUGCGGGUCCUGCUGGGUGCCAUGCUUGAGCCUGAUCCCCGGCUCCGACCCUCGGUGGAGGCACUGCUCAACUCCAGCCUUAUGCGCAAGACGGAGAAGUGGCGCAAGCUGACUCUGCUGGUGCAGGAUGGACUCUUAAGAGCUGCCUCAUUAUACCACGGUGUUAGGAGCUUUGUGCACUGGCUGUGGCACACUCUUUGCCUGCCAGCACGCUGGCUCUCCAGUUGGCAUCGGAGCAUGCCUGUCACCCCGCCCUGCUCCCCACUACUUGCUACCCUGCUGGACAGCAGCUUCUCCAGUGACUGGGAGGAAGAGGAGGAGGACGGGAGCCUGGGAGAGGAUGUGUUCGAGGUAUCGGGAAUCUGUGGGCGGCAUAACCAGACCUGUCCAGGGGAGCUGUUAUCACAGGACAAGCCCCCAAGCUCCCCGCCGUUGAACCUGCACCCCUCUGUGGGCAGCACAUCCACCCCACGCCACCCCUCGCCCCCAGAGACUGGCAGCAGAAGGAAGAGGUCCUCAGCCCUUCAGGGCAGCCCCAACCUGAGCCGUAUCAGCCUGGAGUCUCCCCCAAGCAGCCCAGGCUCCCCCAAUGGGGGCAGCCUCCGCCGCACCCUGGCCUUUGAGGAGGAGGAUGAGGAAGAAAGGGAGGAGAGCGUCCCCCCGUGUGCAGGCCUGCGCUGCUCUUUUGAACCUAGGAACCUCCUAGGCAUGUUUGAGGAUGCUGUGGCUGAGCAGAAAUGACAGGACUAAAAGACAACCAGCUGCCCUCAGCUUGAUUAUUCCUGGGGCAGGAAGUGCCCCUCACUGGGUAACUACCCCACAUGGUCCCCUUGACACCCCCACCCUAUUCUCUACACUGCUGGGUUGUGGAGAGAGCACCCCCUUUCCUGGUGCUGCCUCUGUUCCUGUUGCUGGCAGCAGGGGGCUGCUGGAGGGAGCAGCUGAGGGUUGAAUCUCCAGUGUACAUUCUUUUUAAGCUUUUUAACCUCUCCAUGAAAUGGUGGGAGGGACACCGGUGCUGCCAUCCCCUCCCACCAAGGAUUGCCCGUGGCUCUGCCCCAGGCUAGGAUCCGGUGGGAUUUGUGGAUUGUGUUUGGUUUCAUUUUUAAGGGAAGCUGGCAGCUAUGGAAAGUGUUAAUAAAAAGUGCUUUGAAAUGGUCACAAAGCUAACACAGCCCUGGGCUAGGGGAAUAAA